GAUUCCUGUACCUCGGAAAUUCUUGACUCAUUUUUGAGCCGAAUCUUCUCUGAGCUGGAGGUAACCUUUUCUCCGACUUUCAAGCCGGUCGCAUCGAACGCAGCAUUGUCUGGUGCAUGUCACCCGACCGCUCUGGAUGCCCUGCGUCCCCUUGUGGCCGAGUUGACCUCAAGUAUUGCAGGCCUAAAUGAUCUAGAAGUGGUGCCUGAAAUUCCAGCUUGGGCUACCUAUUCAAGGCUAGCACACCCCACACGCUUGUUUUGCCCGGCGCGAAGCCGGCUGAUUAGUCUUGCUGACAAGUUGGCUAAGUUCCCGCUUACGGCGCAGGUUAUUAUACAUAAACAUUUGAUUAUAAUUAUUAUAAGUGCUUCAAAAUUAUUACUUGCCCCACUUUAA